UGCAGCGCCAAAAAAAAUAAAAUUAGAAGGGGAAAAAAUCAUUAAAAUAUUAAACAAAUAAUGGCACUUUAAAACGCCCGCCACCUUGGUGUGACGUCAAAGUCUAUAAUAACAAAAAAUCACGUGACAGACAGUCUGAGUCUGACACUGACAGUAACUUUCUACUACUAUUAAACUGUGCUUUGCAUGUGCUUCGUAACUUAUAUUUUGUUUUUUACGACUAUUUUACAAUGGAUCAACAAAAGAAACCGACUUACAAAUAUUGUAUUGUACCAAAAUGUAAAAAUACUACGAAGAAUGCACCCGAUAAAGUGUUUUUUCUUGUCCCGAGAGGUGCGGUUGUAAGAAAAAACUGGUGUAAAAUCAUGAAAAGGGACAUGGUAUCACCAUCAACUUGUUUAUAUUGUUGUGAAGAUCACUUCAACGUAGAAGAGGAUACAGAAAAUUAUAUGCAGUACAAAGUCAUGACUUUACAAGAAAAUCAGAAAACUACAUUACGAUUAAAGAAAGGUAUUAUUCCUCACCAAUUUCAGUGUCAAAAGGACACUGAGUUGCAGUCACCACCAGAGAGAAAAGGUUUCUUAAAGAGAAAACAUCAAGAAAUAAUUGAAGAUGCUUUAUCUAUGCCUCCCGCUAAACAAACUGUUAGUGCUGUAAAAAUGAGUGAAUCAUCAAAACACAGUUAUAUAGAAGAAGGUGCCAGUAUGCCCUCAUCUCACUUACACACAGAAUAUACUGAAACUGUAAACUUUGACGAACCUUGUUGCAGCACCUCUUUAGCUGAUGUUAAUAAAAAAGUAAUUUAUGUUGACAAGGCUAUUCAGGUCAAUAGGAAAAUACAUUAUUACAGAAGUAAAGGUGUCAAUGUUAAUUUGAGUGCAAUAACUAAGAAUACAGCAAUAUCUCCAUUUCGUAUUUUAUCUAAAACUACCUCAACAUCUCCAUUGAAAAUAGCGCAAACUUCUGGAAUUAAAAGGAAAUUAUUUCAAACUGACCCUGCUGAUAUUGCAUCAGUCUCUUCAGCUCAACCUUCAUCAGCAUUAUCAUCAUCUUUUGAACCAGAAAUGAGUUCAGAAUCGAGCUGGUCUAUAGAUGAUGAUUCAGAAAAUGAGACACAAUUUAAAAGUCAAAUGCGUAGUUGCAUAUUACUAGCAAUAGAAAAGGAGCCUAAAAUGUUGCUAGGUGUACCAAAAAAAUCAUACUAUAUAAUAAAAUUGUUAAGUGAAAACCUUCCACUUCCCACUGUAGACAUUUUAAUUACAUUAAAAAAAAUAAAACUUAAUGAGUCUUUCAGUAUAUUAGCCUUACAGUUUGGGUAUACACAGAGUGCAAUAAGCAGAAUUUUUUCAAAAUGCUUACCUUUAUUGGCAAUGAAGAUGAAAGAGUUGAUCAUAUGGCCAACAACAAAAGAGAUAUUUAAAAAUUUGCCUAUUGCAUUCAGGGCCAGGUACUCUAAUGUUGUUUCUAUAAUUGAUUGCCUAGAAAUUCAGAUUGAAAAACCAUCCAAUGCAGUCCAUCAAUCAGUUAGUUGGUCACAAUAUAAAAAAUGUAACACAUUGAAAUAUUUAAUUUCUUGUACACCUGAUGGAUUGGUUAACUUUAUCUCUGUUGGAUACAGUGGCAGGGCAACGGACGUAAUGAUAGUGGAAGACUGUGGUUUCCUUGACUGUUUGCCACCUAAAACUGCAGUUAUGGCUGACAGAGGCUUUAAAGAAAUAUCACAUUUGCUAGAAAAAAAGCAAAGUACACUUAUACGACCUCCUUCUGUUUUCAAGUCUACUGCCAGUGCAAAAGAAGAUGUAAAACAGUCAAAAAGAAUAGCAGCAUUAAGGAUUCAUAUAGAACGAGUUAUAAAUAGAUUAAGGGAAUUUCACAUGUUACUGCCUCAUGCAUGUGUUGACCAUAGCUUAAUCCCUAUUAUAGAUGAAGUUAUAAUCAUAGCUUGUGGUUUGAUAUUCAGGAUGCAUUAUUCAGGUUUCAAUAUUCAGGAUGUUUUAAUAAAAAAAUAGAUUUAAUUAAUUUUGUUUUUAUUUGAUUUUGUCCUAUUUAAAUAACAAAGGAAAAAUUGCCUUACACCAAAAUAAAGUACAUUUUUCUAUCAAGUUUUCACAAAACUCCUUAUCAUAGUGUACUUCUAUUAUAUGUACUUUCUUUGAUUCUUCAAAAUCACUUUGUGCUACACAAAAUAGUGCUUUAGUUUUAUUGGAGAAAUGCAUCUGUAACUGAACCUGUGCCAUGAAUUUUACUGCUAUUGUGUUAUUUAGUGGUUUCUUAGGUUUACGCGAAUGUUAGACAUUGAAAUGAAACGAAUUUUACGG